UUGCCAAAACAUGAUAACCUCAAAAUUAAACAAAUAUGCACUUUUGAUUAAAAUCGAUACCAUAUUUACUUUUAACAUCCGAAAUAAAGCAAACUUUAAAGUAACUCCAGAAAAUCCAAUUAAGACUGCAGUUAACUUGUCAUAUAAAAUUUAUGGGGAACCUGCUGUGUAUCCCGAGGAGCCCACAAUAUUAUUGGUCCAUGGUCUUCUAGGGUCUAAAAAGCAUUGGGACAGUAUCGGGAAGACUAUGGUAAAUGUUAUGAAGAAAGCUGUAGUAUCUAUUGACUUAAGAAAUCAUGGUGAUAGUCCACAUGUUAACUCACACAAGUACGAAGACCUUAUGGGGGAUAUCCUGAAACUGCUAGAUAAAUUGUCUAUUAAGCGAGCUAGCCUUGUUGGACACAGCAUGGGCGGCAGAGCUGUGAUGGGUGUCGCUCUUACAGCACCUGAAAUAAUAGCUGGACUCUUGGUUGUGGACAUUUCGCCAAUAUCGACCGCUCGACAUUUAACAGAUUUCUUACCAGAAGUCCUCGUGGCCAUGAAAAAAAUAGAAUUUGAUAAAUCUAAAAAAGUAAGUGCUGCAAAAAAAGAAGCCAGAAAACAGCUAAAAAAAAUUAUAAAAGACGAUCUUCUACUAAAGGCAAUAUUAUCAAAUAUAAAAAUGAAAUCAGAUCAUAAGAUCGGAUGGGCGUGCAAUGUAGACGUCUUGAUAAAACAUUUUAAAUACAUAGCAUCGUUUCCAGAAAUCUUGAGGAAAAAAACAUUUUACGGCCCUACGUUAUUCAUCGGCGGACAGCUAUCAGAAUAUCUUCCCGCUGACGAUUUGUCCGGAAUCCGUGAAAUGUUUCCCCGCGCUGUUGUGUCUUUUAUACCUCAAGUCGGACAUAAUCUGCACGUGGAAGACCCUAAAACUUUUUUAGAAAUCGCCAUAGCAUUCCUGCGGACAAAUAAAUAA